AUGACCGGAACGCAAUCAGCAGCAGCGACCGACGAAGGGUCUCCAAAGCAGGAGAGCGCCGAUGAGCAAACCCCGUUCCUUUAUGACACCAUGGUGGUCGUGCUCGUCGGUCCUGUAAAGCAACGCUUUGAAAUACACAAGCGCCUCAUCUGCAGUCGAUCCGACUUCUUUAAGGCAGCAUUCACCGGUAACUUCAAGGAGGCCGACGAUGGAACACUCACGCUUCCUGAGGAGGAUCCUGCGACCUUCAAGUACUUCGUCUAUUGGCUGUACACCGGCAGUCUCAGAGGUUUUCAUUACUCAAAGUCGCUCAAUCCAUCUCUGAAGGAGUUGACAAAUAAAGUGCGCUCAGAAGUGAUAUCUCGAAAGUUGCUACAUGCAGAAUGGCUCCCACUCACUAAUCCACACCGAAAGUUGUGGGAGCAUGCUAACUAUCGCGACCUUCCAUUCGCUUCUCUCAUCGCUCUGUACAUUCUGGCCGACGCACUUCAGGUUCCACGCUUGAAAGAUGCUGGCAUUACGGCAUUGGUUGAGGUUUACGGUUUCAGCUCUACUGAUAAAGGCCAUUGCAAGAUGUACUGGGCAGCGGAUGGGCCGGAUGAUGUGGGAGGACCUAUGGAAGGCAUAAACAUGGCCUGGGAGACCUUGCCGAAAGAGUCCAACUUCUGUCAACUACUUCUGCAACUUUUCUGCGACAACACCGACGGCAUCUACGACGCUGGAGAUGGUAUAAGCUACCAUGCAGGUUUUGUGCUGUCUAUGGCCAAUUUGUUUGCCUACCGGUGGGUGAAUGAUCUCCCCCCAACCGACUGGACCAAAACAGGAGCUAUCUGCUCUUUUCACGAGCACGAGGGAGCUAGCUGCGAUCUGACUGAAGAUUACUUGGAGGAUAGAAAAGCGAUGGCACGGGAAUGA